AUGCACCUGUGGGAGGACACCUUCCUUUGGUUAGCGGAGCAGGCAGCAAGAAGGCUCGCCAAGACAAAAACCUACAACGUCGCCAUCACUGCGUGCGGAAAAGGUGCGAAUUGGCGAGCAGCUUUGACCUGCUUUCAGGAAAUUUUCCUUGCAAAGCUGCAGCCGGAUGUUGUCACCUACAACAGCGCUAUCACUGCUUGCACACAGGGAACCAGCUGGCCAACGUCUCUGCUUCUCUUCUUCGAUCUUCUAGACACCAGACUGGAGCCGGACUCAUUCACCCUCAGCGCUGCCCUUUGUGCUUGUGAGCCUGUCGGCAAGUGGGAACUCGCAGCUUCGGUUUUGCAUGACUUCGGGCCAAUGACUACAGGGAGCAUUGGAAGAAAUACCAUGGUGUGGAAUGCUGGCAUUUCCGUGCAUUCGAGAGCUGGAGAGUGGGAGCGCGCCAUCGACUUGCUCACAAGGAUGUACACGGCCGGCGUGCAACGUUCCGAAGUCUCCUGCAAUGCCGCCAUUUUCGCUUGCAGCAGGGUGGGUCAAUGGCUUCGUGCUGUCUCACUUCUGCGACACAUGCAGGAACAAUUGCUCCGUGCGGACACGAUCUCUUACAAUGCUGCCAUGGCCUGGGAGGGUUCUGGGAAUUGGGAGGUAGCGCUUGGCCUCUUAGCCGAACUUCUGGAGAGUUCGAUGGGGCCCAGCAUCGUGACUUACGGUUCACUCAUGAAGGCCUGCGCAAGCGAGGAACAGUGGCAGACUGCGCUACUCUGCUUCGAGGAGGUGCAGCGAAGCAGCUUGCAGAUGAGCGUCAUCGCCUAUACCGCAGCGAUCAGCAGCUGCGAAAAGGGCUCUCAUUGGGAGCUUGCUCUGUGCUGUUUGUUCGACUGCGCUCGCAGGGAGAUGGUGCCAGACAUAAUGUCUUUCAACACCGCCAUUACCGCAUGUGGAAAUGCCGACCAGCUGCGACGGGUUCGACUGCUGCACGCGAUUCUAAGGCGUCGGCAAAUACGGGAGAACUUGUCGACCUUCAAUGCGUUGAUCGUCUCGCAUGGCAGAGCGAGCCAGUGGCAGCAGGCAGUUGCAUACCUUGCAGAUCUUGUGGCGCUCAACUUCCGACCAGAUGCAAUUACCUUCAAUGCGUUGAGCAGCGCAUGCACCAAGAACGAUAAGUGGGAAUGCGCUCUGCAGUUGCUCGCAGAAGCUCAACAGGCCCAGCUUCCGGCAGAUAACGUCUCAUAUGGAACGAGAAUCACUGCCCUUGCCAGGGCAGGUCGAUGGGAGCAGGUGCUGCUUCUGCUUGCUGACCUGGAGGCAGAAGGUUGUGUGCCGGAUGUCAUUGUGUACAACGCAGCAAUUGCUGCCUGUGAGGAUGCUUGGCAGGUUUGCCUGAGGUUGCUUGGUGACCUGCAGAGGAAGCAGCUUACGGCCGAUGCGAGAACCAUCACAAGUCUCAUCAGCGCCUGCCGACGCAGUUCUGCUUGGCAGCCGGCUUUGCAGCUGCUCUCGAUGCAGCGAGCGUAUUGCGUGUCAGAUAUGUCCUAUUGUUACAACGCAGCCAUCAGCACCUGCGGCCGCGCGGAUCAGUGGCAGGUGGUCGUGGACCUUCUAAGCAGCAUGGUAGAGGAUGCUCUUCGACCGGACCUCAUGGGGUAUGAUCCCGCGCUGGCAGCCAUCGUCAGCUCUGGUCAGCAAGAGCAGGCACUGGAACUCCUUUGGUCCUCGGAAAGCUCGUGGCCUCCAGUGUCUUUCUUAUGGUGCCUGGCGACAGUUGGUGUCUCCGACGCCGAGGUCAUUCACGAAGCUUGCGUGGAGGUGGCUUUAGGCCAAUGCCACGGUGAGGAGUUGUCCAGGGUGUUGUGGUCGCUGGAUAUCCUGGGCGCUGAGAACAGCCAAUUCUGCAGGUCGACCAUUCGGAGGUUUUUGAAACAGUUCCCCAACGUUGGCCUCGAUGAGCUUGCGAUGGCGGUGUCGGGUCUCAUCUCCCUGAGCUCGGAGCCCUUUGCUGCUGACCUGAUCCAGCGACACAUGGCGGGCGAACUCAGGAGGCUGAGGCAGAUCGCACCGAGUCGACUGGCUUUUAAUCGCUUGGGCAUCUCAGCUAUGGGCAUACUGGGAUCCUUGGCCACUGCAGGGCGUUUGCGACAGAGCUUGCAAACUGCCGUGCACGAUGCGCUGUUGGAAGUCGGCCGCGACUUAGACCGAAGCACCCGGGAGACCUACACAUUGCCGAGUCCACCCUUGCCGCAGGAGCAGCUUCCUGCCUCCGUGGUGUGGAACCAGGCUGACCGCGCUGUUCUCUUCAAGCCACCCGGGUGGGAAGUCUAUGGUGCCCACACAGCCUUGCAGCUGUCAUCCUUCGCAGCGCUCCACUUUGGCCGUCUCCGAAUCCUGGACGAUGACAGUCAUAAUUCUGGCUUCCUCCAUCGCCUGGAUGUGCCGAGCUCAGGCUUGAUCAUGAUGGCAAAGUCCUAUGCUGCCUUCUAUGACUUGCAGCUUCAGCUCCAUCUUGGAACAUUUGGCCGUGAGUACACCUCCCUCGUGCACGGCUGGUUAGCGAAGUCACUCAGCACCGUGACGGCAAAGGUGCAAUCCGGCACAAAAGGUCCGACAACUUCGGGCGGUCGCGGAAAGUGGAGCCAAACUCGGCUUCGGCGCAUGGGCUACUUGUGGCAUCCUGUUGGCACACUGACUCGCCUUCUUCUCCAGAUUGUCACGGGGCGAAAGCACCAAAUUCGGAGUCACAUGGCCUACAUUGGGCACCCUACCGUCCGAGAUGGUCUGUACACUAGCAAUGUGACUUUCCAGGAGGAUGCAGCACUCUGCGACAGAAACUGGCUGCAUAGACAUUUGCUUUCAUUUCGAGACCGAGCAGGAAAGUUCCACGAGAUCCACUCUCCAUUGCCUCAAGACCUUCGAAAUUCGUUCAUCACGGCGUGCGCAUGUGAAAACGUACGAUGCUUCAUGCUUUUGCUUGCAGUCACCCUCCCCUUUGGCAUCAGAGAGCUCUAUUUGUUGAUGCAGAGCUGA